GCGCUAUUGAACGGAAAAAGAAGAGGUCUCGUACGAAACUCUUUAAAAAUAAUGGGAAACCCCUACAGAUUGACCAGUAAGCGAACCCAAAAGCUAGUAGGAUACGAUGUGCUGCACGAGGGUGAACCCCGUGUCCGCCCAGAUCCUGUUCAACGGUCACCCCUUUUCACAGAUCAUAAUCCGCGAUUGAACAGAAACACAGACUCUACAGAGCCACUUCAGCAGGCUCUAAGAGAUAAAGAACUUGAGAAAAUUGCCAACCUAUUUUUAAGUAAUGCUCCGUUGAGUCAAAAGGAGACGGUUGCCCAGCAUGAGACGAUUAUGUCAGGAUCCCCACCUUCAAACCGGAAGCAAAAGAAGACUAAGCACAAAGCAAUGAUAAUAAAAGACGCAAAUCUGACAAGUGUGGAAGAUAAUAUUCGUUCAUCAUUGCCACUAUCUUGUGCAGUAAAACUUCGAGAGAAGAGAAGGUUAGGUAAGUCUAAUAAUUCCAUCAAAAGUUGUAAAUCCAAAGGACGCGAUAGGAUCAUUGAAGAUGUAAUACUUGCCUCAUCGAAUACGGAAAGUGGUGGUCAUAGAGGAUUUUUUGUUGAUCUCGAGGGCGGUGGCAAUGCCUCAGAGGAGAACCUUUCGCGGCAGGUUCUGCAACAAGCAGCAGCCUUCCUCACGAAGUUGAAGCCUAUCGACCGCAGAUUCCUUUGGGACCACCGUGAGGUAGCGCAAGGAACGCACAAUGGCAAAGAUGUAUUCAAAUUAAAGGCUACGAACAAAGACUUUCUGAAGGGAAUGCCAAAAGAAAGUGUAGGGGGCCUCUGUAGGACUGUCCGCAGAAAUACUGUUGUUGAUGCUAAACCCUUCAUCUCUCUAAAGAAGGGCAGUAUUGUGCCGAAUGACGAUUGGAUAGGUUCCGAAGUUGAUACUGAUAGCAGCAGUGAUCCUUCACUUGUUUCUGAUAGUGAUUGUGACAUAAAGGAGGAGCAAGGAGAUUUUGAUGGUGAUUUAGAGAGUGGAAACGGUAAUAAAGGCACUCCGUUGCGAUCUCUGCGUAACCAAAGUCAGAAUGGGGGACGUCUGUUCACUGGAGAUGAUGAUAUGUGGAGUGAUUAGAAAAGCCCUCAGUAACAAGGUAGAAAAAUACCUGCAAUAGUGGCUGGAAGUAUUAAAGAACAGCUUUAAA